UGCAGACCCAAAAUGGCGGACGUCUUUCAAACGAUGGGGAUGGAGUCACUCUCCGCCUCAGAGGAUGACUACCUGAGCGAUGUGCCGACCGAGACACCCCACAGGAAGCAACAAACCGCUCCAAAAAGGCAAUCAGAACCACCACUGGCCACUAAGGCCGACUUGUCAGGUAUGGUGAUUGACCUCAAGGCCUUCUUUAUGGCAGAAUUAGCUGGCCUCAAGAUGGAACUGAACACGCUCACAGGCCGCAUGCGAGCCACGGAAGAGGUAAUUCAGGAGUUGAGAGCCCAGCACGAUGCCACGGCGAAGCAAACACAACUCAACGCUCGAGUGGGGUAG